UUCUUUUCAUUAAGUAUUUCGAGAAAAGAGAACGUGUUCUAUCUAUAUUGCUUUUUUAAAUCGUCAGGACAAUGAGCGACGACGACAUAACUAUAAUGGAGGUGGACGAGCCGGAGCCGAAGGCGUCGAAAGCGAGCCAGAGCAAGCCGGCGGGACACCUGCCGUGGAUCGAGAAGUACCGGCCUCAGACGUUUGCGGACAUCGUGGGGAAUGAGGAUACUGUGGCUCGGCUGGCAGUGUUCGCGCGCACGGGCAACGCGCCCAACAUCAUCAUCGCGGGCCCGCCGGGCGUGGGCAAGACCACGACGAUCCUGUGCCUCGCGCGCGCGCUGCUGGGCCCCGCGUUCAAGGACGCCGUGCUCGAGCUUAACGCUUCCAACGACCGAGGCAUCGACGUCGUGCGCAACAAGAUCAAGAUGUUCGCGCAACAGAAGGUGACACUGCCACCUGGUCGACAUAAGAUUGUCAUCUUGGACGAGGCGGACAGCAUGACGGAGGGUGCCCAGCAAGCACUGCGGCGUACCAUGGAGCUGUACUCGGCCACCACACGUUUUGCGCUAGCAGCCAAUACCUCUGAAAAGAUCAUUGAGCCCAUACAGUCACGGUGUGCUGUGCUACGAUACUCCAAGCUUACAGAUGCUCAGAUACUUGCCAAGGUGGUAGAGGUAUGCGAGAAAGAGCAGCUCUCCUACACAGAAGAAGGUGUGAGCGCAGUAGUGUUCACAGCGCAGGGCGACCUUCGCGCCGCGCUCAACAACCUGCAGGCCACUGCGCAGGGCUUCAGACACGUCGCCCCGGACAGCGUGUUCAAAGUGUGCGACGAGCCGCACCCCAUGCUCGUGCGGGGCAUGCUGGAGGCCUGUACCAGGCAGGAUAUACACGAGGCCUAUAAGGUGAUUGCAAAGCUGUGCAAACUAGGUUACGCGGCGGAGGACAUCGUGUCGAACAUCUUCCGCGUGUGCAAGACGCUGGAGGCGAGCGAGGAGCUGCGGCUCGCGUUCAUCCGCGAGGUGGGGCUGACGCACAUGCGCGUCGCCGACGGACUGUCCGCGCCGCUGCAGCUGGCCGGGCUGCUGGCGAGGAUGUGCCGCGUGGCCGGGGGAGGGGACUCGGACUGGUGACGCACAUGCGCGUCGCCGACG